CAAAUCUUUAAAGUUCCGCUGAUGUGGCCUUGAUCAUUGCAGUGAUGGAGCACAAGGAGUUGCCAUCGCCCUAUGAGCUUCCGAAUGCGCACAGCGAAGAGGUUUCGCAGGACAGCGACAGCCACUGUACUUGGAAGUGUGAAAGAGGUGUUGAGGAGUUGAUCGAUGAGCUUGGCGCCCUACACAAAGAUCUAAAAGAGGCAGUUCGACGGCAGGCUCAUGAACGUGAUCUGCAAAAAGUCCUCAAGACCACCAAGCCAAGACCUCCGCAAGAGCAGGACAUGCCGUCACCACCCAGCGAAGCAGAGCUUGCAGACUUGUCGCCUGCCAGGAAGGUUCAGAAAAAAACUGCGCCAAGAAGGAACCAAGUUUCAAUUUAUUCGGAGCAAUCGUUGCCUCACAGUGUAAGUGGCAGCCCCAGGCUUAGCCAGCGCCGAAUAUCAGCUUUGGAUCGAGUGCAGCUUGUGAUGCGUGCAGCAGAGUCCUUUGAAGAGCACAUUCGGAAAGAGACUGAACCUGACUUGUUGAAGGCGAGCCGUUUCCAAAUGCGCAGCGCAUUUGAUCUCAGUGACGCUGAGUUGGUCGAAAUGAAGCGGCGAUCUAUAACAAAGAACAGCUCCAAGGUCUUUACAUUGCUCGAGCAAGGGCCUCCUCGAAGCAAGUCCUCCGUCGAAGUGGCGCAGGACUACAGGCUGUCGCCCUCCAACAACCUCUUCUCGGUCCUCCCCGUUCAUCCGUCAUCCAGGGCAAGAAUCGUUUGGGAUUUUUGUGCAAUGUUUCUCCUGUGCUACGAUCUGGUGAUUAUCCCUAUGCAAGUGUUUGAUAUGCCGGACAGCGCGUUCCUGCAUUUGCUCUCAAUGGUGUGCACAGUGUACUGGACUUUGGACAUUGUCGUCUCUUUGAACACCGCUGUCUACAUUCACGGAAAGCUGGUGAGCGACAGUCGAGCCAUCGUUCGAAAGUAUUUGAAGACGUGGAUGGCGCUGGAUGUAGUUCUUGUUGUCUCAGACUGGCUCACAGCGAUUGUGGAUGCCGGCGCUGCAGAUCCAAUCGGUUUGGCGCGCACUUUGAGGAGUGGACGGGUUGUUCGCAUGCUCCGACUUGCGCGACUUUUGAGGUUCAUCAAAAUGAAACGAUUGGUUGACGAUGUCCGGCGCCGUGCAAGCACUGAAGUGGUGAUUUUCUGCGUGAAUGUCUUUCAGUUUUUUCUGUCAACAGCAUUGUUGACCCACGUGCUCGCUUGCGUUUGGUAUCUUCUGGGCAAGACCGAAGAAGAAGGCUGGGUGCACAUCGAAGGCUUGACCGGCAAUGAUCUAGGAACCGUCUAUUUGAUGAGCAUGCAAUGGUCAUUGUCAAGGCUACAUCCAAUCUCGCUGAGAGACAACAUGAAAUUGAAGCUACCUCAGGAACGUAUGUUCUCCCUUUUGGCAAGCUUCGGAUCGUUGCUUUUUUCUUCUCUUUUUAUCAGCUAUGUAACCAACACGAUGGCCAAACUUGCACGACUAUGGAAAGAGCGGAGUCUGAAGCUGGCAGCAGUCGGAGAAUACGCUGCAACCCACGGCGUCAGCACAACACUGACUGUGAGGCUGAAAAAAUAUGUUGAGCACGAAGAGGAGCGGAGGAGAUACAAAGAAAACCUGGAGGUGCUAAAUAGUGCAUUGCCACCCGAACUACUUCGAAUACUGUUGAGUGCAGCCAGGAGUCAUGGCCUCUCGCAUCACACGCUUUUCGAGCAGAUGGAGAGGAAGUUUCAUCACGUGUAUGAUGACAUUUGCUAUGAGGCAGUGUCCGAGAUGUAUCUCAUUGCUGGUGAUAUUGUAUUCGAGCCCGAAGUCAUGAGUUCUCGUAUGUAUGUUUGUGACGCUGGAACAUUCUUGUAUUGCAUGGAUGUGGCUUCUUUUGGCGAAGGUUCGGUUCGGCUGGAGCCUCGUCCUUCAAGAAAAGGCUCAUGCUGCCGCCGUGAACAAGUACUACCGGCAGCAGAAGGUUGCAACGCUAAGGACACUACCGAACUUUCAAAGGGUGCUUUCCUUAGCGAAGCCGCAUUGUGGUCUGCAUCGUGGCAGCACACCGGGCGGUUCUCGGCCGGAACAGAUGGCCGGGUGUUAGCAAUCAGAGCUGAUGAGUUCGGUCGGUGUGUCCAACGGAGCGCAGCUGCAAUGUGCGAUGUGGCCAUAUAUGCCCGCUAUUUCAUUCAAGAGAUGAACCACAACUGGCUCAAUACGGACCUACCACCAGACCAGCUUAGACAGGAAACAGCAGUUUUCCACAACGUCUCGGCCGGGGGGCAGCGUUGAAGCUCAUGAGGCAAGAAGAUUCAUUCAAGCGAUGAAAGGUGACGCGGACGAUCAGAACAAAAUUGUUGCAUCUAGCGAUGAGCAAAGCGCAGAGACAACUUUGCACGUGGCAAUGCAAGACCAAUUAGAUUUUGCAUGAAUUUUAAUGGCUACUUUGAGUAGUUUGUAAAUCUGACAAGAGUUUUUGGCCUGCUUCAGUGGGUCAACAAAAUGUCUACGGCAUCGAAUCCUUGAAUAGAAACCCC